AUGCGUUACUUCGUGUGGUGGCAUCGCGGAGCAUUAGCAAGUGGUGCAGGCCAGCAGGUGGAUGAGGGAAAGGGGAGUAAAGCGUACAGCUGUGAUCAGUGUGGCAGAGCUUUUACUCACAGUAGCAGCUUACAGAGUCAUCUAGUUACCCACUCUGGAAUUAAGGCAUACAGCUGUGAUCAGUGUGGAAAGUCUUUUUCCAGGAAGGGUCACCUAAAACUACACCAGCUCAUCCACAGUGGAGUUAAAGCAUACAGCUGUGACGAGUGUGGCAGAGCUUUUACUCGCAGCAGUAGCAGCUUACAGAGUCAUCUAGUUACCCACUCUGGAAUUAAGGCAUACAGCUGUGACGAGUGUGGGAAGUCUUUUUCCAGGAAGUCUCACCUAAAACUACACCAACUCAUCCACAGUGGAGUUAAAGCGUACAGCUGUGAUCAGUGUGGCAGAGCUUUUACUCACAGUGGCAGCUUACAGAGGCAUCUAGUUACCCACUCUGGAAUUAAGGCAUACAGCUGUGACGAGUGUGGGAAGGAGUUUACUAUGAAGGCUAACCUAAAACUUCAUCAGGUCAUCCACACUGGAGAGAGACCGUUCAGCUGUGACUUGUGUGGAAAGUCUUUUUCCAGGAAGAGUUCCCUAAAAAAACACCAACUCAUCCACAGUGGAGUUAAAGCGUACAGCUGUGGUCAGUGUGGCAGAGCUUUUACUCGCAGUAGCAGCUUAAAGAAUCAUUUACUUACCCACUCUGAAAUUAAGGCAUACAGCUGUGACAAGUGUGGGAAGGAGUUUACUGAGAAGGCUAAACUAAAACAGCAUCAGGUCAUCCACACUGGAGAGAGACCGUUCAGCUGUGACUUGUGUGGAAAGUCUUUUUCCAGGAAGAGUUCCCUAAAACAACACCAACUCAUCCACAGUGGAGUUAAAGCGUACAGCUGUGAUCAGUGUGGCAGAGCUUUUACUCACAGUGGCAGCUUACAGAGUCAUCUAGUUACCCACUCUGGAAUUAAGGCAUACAGCUGUGACGAGUGUGGGAAGGAUUUUGCUAUGAAGGCUAAACUAAAACUUCAUCAGGUCAUCCACACUGGAGAGAGACCGUUCAGCUGUGACUUGUGUGGAAAGUCUUUUUCCAGGAAGUCUCACCUAAAACAACACCAACUCAUCCACAGUGGAGUUAAAGCGUACAGCUGUGAUCAGUGUGGCAGAGCUUUUACUCACAGUAGCAGCUUAAAGAAUCAUUUACUUACCCACUCUGGAAUUAAGACAUACAGCUGUGACGAGUGUGGGAAGGAGUUUACUGAGAAGGCUAAACUAAAACAGCAUCAGGUCAUCCACACUGGAGAGAGACCGUUCAGCUGUGACUUGUGUGGAAAGUCUUUUUCCUUGAAGAUUUCUCUAAAACGACACCAACUCAUCCACAGUGGAGUUAAAGCGUACAGCUGUGAUCAGUGUGGCAGAGCUUUUACUCAAAGGGGUCACUUACAGAGUCAUCUAGUUACCCACUCUGGAAUUAAGGCAUACAGCUGUGACAUCUGUGGAAAAACUUUCAGCCAGAGAGGGCACCGAAAUACACACCUACGCAUUCACACCAGACAUGAUGUGCACUGCUGUGAACAAUGUAGCAAUGAGUUUACAACAGACGAAAAGUUACAACGACACGUUUACCCACACUGAGGGACGACCUUAUAAAUGUGACCUGUGUGAGAAGACUUUUAAAUCUCCACAUUACCUGAGACGACACCAACAGAUCCACACCAGAAAGAGACUCUACAAGUGCAGUUAC